AUGAGUUUACCAUUGCUGUCACUUAUAUAUUUCGCCGUUGUUCCACCAUUUCAUCUUUUGUUUCUUCUUCUAUUUUUUCUCCCAUCUUUUCGGUCUUUCUCCUUCUCUCACACUUCUCGUACCUCCCCUUUAUUUCUUUACUCUUUCAACCUGUAUAUUUCUUCAAAUAUGAGUAAGCCAAAAGUCUUGUUGAUUGGAUUCGGUGGUGUUGGAACCAUUGUAUCUUACACUUUGGAGCACCUUGGCCGUGCCGAGGUCUCUGCAGUUUCACGCCCAGAGACCCAUGACUCUAUAGUAAAUGGAUUUCGUAUCGAGUCCAUUGACUAUGGUAUCGUUGAGAACUAUGUUCCGACCAACGUUUAUGUCACAGCAAAAGAAGCUUACAAACAACAAGGCCCAUUUGAUUAUAUCAUUAUCACCACAAAGAAUAUCCCUGAUAUUGCACCAGUUGUUGAUAUGAUUGAUGGGUGCUUCAACGAGAAAUCCGUUAUUGUGUUGAUUCAAAAUGGCAUUGGGAUUGAAAUUCCAAUUUAUAGGAGAUAUCCAAACGCAAUUAUAUUAAGUGGGGUCACGUUGAUUGGCACAACGUUGUACGAAGCUACAGUCAAGCAUGUCGCAAGGGAUGAUAUCAAGUUUGGGCCUUUUAUCAACUAUAACUUGGAUAAACAGCUGCAGAUUAACAAGUGUAAGGAAUUUAUUGAACUUUAUGAAAACGACAAAAACUUGGUUGAAUAUGAGGAAGAUGUCAAGUUUACCAGAUGGAGGAAACUCGUCUACAAUGCCUGUAUCAAUACAACCUGUGCGCUAGCUAAUCUAGAUGCAGGUAGAGUGCAGAUAUUUGGCGGAUUCGAGACCCUCGUCAAACCUGCCAUGUUGGAAGUCAUUGCGGUUGCUAAAAGUGAGGGUGUUGAAUUACCAGCAAAGGAAGUGAUGGAUACCAUGUGCAAUAUGGGCAAAGAUGUCUACUAUCCACCUUCCAUGUUGAUUGAUGUUCGGAACGGCACGUACCUGGAACAUAUUGUCAUCAUUGGCAAUGUUGUCAAAUAUGGGUCCCGUAAUGGUGUUCCAAUUCCAACAUUGACGGUGUUGAACAACUUGUUGAAGCUCGUCCAAAUGAGAACAAUGGAAGCCAAUAAGAGGUUUGUCUUGCCAGAGAAGAGGCCACUUCCAGAGGAAAACUACCAGAUUGAAUACCUCUAUUGA